AAGCUACACAAAUAGCAUGGGGCUGUGCGCCCCUUGUGUGUUCGGAGACAUCUGCCAUCAUGCCUGACCCGUCCAAAUCUGCUCCGGCCCCCAAAAAGGGCUCCAAGAAGGCCAUCUCCAAGGCGCAGAAGGAGGACGGCAAGAAGCGCAAGCGCGGCCGCAAGGAGAGUUACUCCAUCUACGUGUACAAGGUGCUGAAGCAGGUGCACCCCGACACAGGCAUCUCGUCCAAGGCCAUGGGCAUCAUGAACUCCUUCGUCAACGACAUCUUCGAGCGCAUCGCGGGCGAGGCGUCGCGCUUGGCGCACUACAACAAGCGCUCGACCAUCACGUCCCGCGAGGUGCAGACGGCCGUGCGCCUGCUGCUGCCCGGCGAGCUGGCCAAGCACGCCGUGUCCGAGGGCACCAAGGCCGUCACCAAGUACACCAGCUCCAAGUGAGCGCGCCCCGGCGCUCGAACCCAAAGGCUCUUUUCAGAGCCACCCACACGAUCGAGAAAGGGUUUCGAACAUGGUGAAGUGUUAUUGAUAGGCACCCUGGCGGCUCCUUGCUUCUGGGCGCCCAAUCUGUCUCUUGUGAGCAAAAUGCAGCAAUGCGUUUAGUUUUAAAAAUAGUAGGAACGGAGGCAUAAAGGCUCGCUAACAGAUGUGCGUCUCCC